UAUUUGUUACCGUAGUCAAGAUUCCAUUACACAAGCGGCAUUUACUAAAGGACGAACUGAGAACUUGUCCAAACACUAAGGACAAGCCACUGCUGAUGCUUAGCGAUAAGAAAGUGUGAGCCUACACCGCCUAAUAUCCGUCAAGCAGAGGAAACAAAUUCCAAUCGUAGGUGUUUGAGUAUUCGCUGAAAAUCCAACUGUUGCAUCAAGUUAGUCACUGAUAGCAAAUUUGCGGAGAUAAUUGUCUACACUUGUCUUGAGCGAUAACAUGGGUAACUGUAGCUCUCUGCCGCCUGACUACGAAAUAAUCGUGAAGACUGGUGACGUGAAGGGAGCAGGGACUGAUGCAAAUGUUUAUUGUGCUCUUGUCGCCGUGAACGGAACUCGCUCGAGGGACUUUCAUUUGGAUUGCCGCUGGAAAAAUGACUUUGAAAAGGGCAACGUAGAUUCAUUCAAAGUAGCGAAUGGAACUGCAAUUGGUCCCCUAAAGAAGAUCGAGAUUUGGAGAGACGAUAGCGGGCUUGGUGAUGACUGGUACGUCGAAUGGAUCAAGGUUAAAAAUAUUCUGGAGCCGAACUCGGAGUUGGAUGUAUUCCCUUGUCAUCGUUGGGUCAAAGCCGAACGUAAACUCAUCCUGACAAAAUACGAUUGUAUGCUUCCGCAAUUCGACGACCACCCCGAGCAGAGAAAGAGAGAGCUGGAAGAAAAACGUGAACUCUACAGACUUGUGCGCAAAGCACCAGGGAUUCCGAAGCAGAUCGAGAGCUGCCCUCGCGAUGAAAGCUUUAGCAACGAUUACAAGUGGAACAUUCAACAAACGAAGUACAAGCUGGCAGUUAAGUGUAAGCUCACCAAGCUGACCUCGGACCCAUGGGAAAAGCUGGAAGAUCUUGAUAACGUCUACAAGGGCAGUAUGGGUAAACCAUAUGGUUUAUACAACUGGAAGGAGGACUCGGCUUUUUCACGCCAGAGACUGCAAGGAUGCAACCCUACAAUGAUAGAACUGUGCAGAGAAAUCCCAGAAAAUUUCGCUGUGACAUCAGAGAUGGUGGAACCGUUCUUGGAUGGUAUGACUUUGGAAGAGGCGAUAAAUGCGAAGCGUAUUUACAUCUGUAAUCUGAUCACUCUCUCGGAUAUCGUCUGCAGGUUUAACAGACUGAUUUCCAAGCCUAUGGCGUUGUUUUUCGUCAACAACAGUAAGGAGUUGAUGCCGAUCGCAAUUCAGCUGUUCCAGAAACCUGCUGAAGAUAAUCCGGUGUUUCUACCAUCUGACCCUAAGUACACAUGGAUGCUAGCAAAGAUGUACUACAAUAACGCAGAUGCAGCCUUCCAUCAGUCCUGCACUCACUUAGGAUUUACUCAUCUGGUGGCAGAAACCAUCUGCGUGGGUACUCACCGCCAGGUAUCACCAUCACAUCCCGUCUUUCGUCUGUUGGCCCCUCACUUUCUUUACCUACUUGCCAUCAACUCGCUUGCGUUAGCUCGGCUUGUGUCACCAAAUGGCUGGAUCGAUAUUUGCAUGCAGACAGGCGCGGAAGGCCUCAUGGGACUGUGUGGAGCCAGCUGGAAAAAAUGGAGGAUGAAUGUGAAUGGGUGGUUACCAAAGGAGCUGAAAGAGAGAGGGGUGGACGAUGCCGAGGCACUCCCUAACUACCCGUACCGCGAUGACGCGCUACUCAUCCACCAAGUCAUCUGGGACUACGUCCGUGAGGUACUGGAGGCACACUAUGACUCACCUGAUAAACUGCAAGAUGAUUAUGAGAUUCAGAAUUGGGGUCACAUGCUAGCGGACCCAGAGGAUGGUCUCGGAGUCCAGGGUGUGUUUGGCGACGGCAAAUUCACGGACCUCGAAGACUUGAUAAAAACAGUCACAUCAAUCAUUUUCAUUAGCAGCGUCGGACACGCGGCCGCGAACUUCGCGCAGUAUGACGAGUACGCCUUUCCUCCUAAUUACCCGGCGUUCCUUAGAGGAAAACCGCCAACAAGCAAGCAGGAGGAGCUGACCGAGAAGGACAUUAUUGAUCAUAUUCCACUCAAGGAUAUGACCCUGGAUAUUAUGCUUGUGACGAAGAUCCUCAGCGACCGAGGAACCAACCCACUCGGAGACUUCGAGGUUCAGUACCAGUACGACCCGAUAGGGACCAAGGCCGUGGAGAACUUUCGUCGAAAGCUGACGGAAGUCAGCGCGGUACUGGAUGAACGUAACAAGACGAGACCCUUCCCUUACCCGUAUUUAAACCCCAAAGAAAUCCCUAACGCCAUCAGCAUCUAAGCAUUUGCACAUGUCCCGACCCCUCCACUGCCCGUAUUUAAACCCCAAAGAAACCUUUAACGCCAUUAGUAUUUAAACAUGUGCACAAAUACCGACCACUCCCCUACCCGUAUUUAAACCCCAAAGAAGUCUCUAACGCUAUUAGCAUCUAAACAUGUGCACAAGUCUCGACCCCUUCCCUACCCGUAUUAAAACCCGAAAGAAAUCUCCAACGCUAUUAGCAUCUAAACAUGUGCACAAGUCCCGACCCCUCCCCUACCCGUAUUUAAACCCCAAAGAAAUCUUAGCCCUGAAUUACACACUACGACUUUCUACGAUUUCUACGACUGUAGAAGAUCAUUAUAGUGGAGUCGUAGGUUGAUUUACACUCGAGUUGUAGAGGUGUCGCAUACAACUGAAUCGUGCUGUCUAAAUCAGCCUUAAGAAUACCAUCAGAAAACGUUUCUCUGCCAUUAUAAGCAGUUUGUAUAGAGAACAGAACUCCAAAUGCGUUAACAGAUGCAUAUAUGCCCGUCUUAAAAUCACUCUAGUUUUCAGGUGAUUUUAAUGGCCUGUAAAUUAUUUUCGACUAUGUAUGGUACUGGGAUUGUUUAAGAAGAUAACGCCUAGUUUUUUUUUCACCCCAUGAAGGCAAGGUCCCAGUGUAUUUAUGAACAUGUUGUCAUUAUUAGACAAAAAAGGUAAAUUAUAUAUUGUUAUAUUCCGAGAUUCCUUGUCGAGGGAUGGAUGAAUCAGAGCAUUACUAUCAUACUAGGGUUAUAGUAUAACAGGGAACGAUCCUGGUGUAUUAGGGAUGGGUCACAAAAAUGCAGACUUGGUGACUCAUCAGGUUUGUUCUCUUUAAGGGGGUUUGCAAUGCCCAUCUUUCUCACUCCCAGCCCCCACCCUCCCCACCCACACACACACUCUGUGUGAGCUUACCGCUAAAGACUUGCCCUGAGUUCACAGGCACACAAUAAUGAGCUAAUAUUUAUUAAUCAAUGAGACGUAAAUGACAAGUAGUAUUGUACAAGUUGUUAGGUAGUAUGAUGCUUAACAUUAUUCAAAGACUUGAAUGUUUUUGUAGCGUAUCAUAAUGAUUAUCAUAACCUGAUAUAUUUUGUAUCAAUGGUCAUCAUAUAUUUUGUAAUAAACUUUACUUGACAUCGAAA